AUUUGCCGACCUGAUGAUCACUGAAAACAUGAUUUUACAUCGUUUUUCCCUGAAGUUCCCAGAUGUCUUGAAAGCACCAAGAAACACCACAGUAGCUCGCGCUGACGUCAGCCAGCCUUCCCUGCGAACAGACGGAGCCAAGGGUGAUGUGUAGGAAUGUACAGAAACUUCUUCCUUGAACAGUUUGUGUACUAGUACUUCGAUAAUAUUGACCGAAUACCGACAGGGAGUGGACACAUAUAUACGCAACAGCCCUGUCAGCAUGGCUUCUCAGGCGGUGUAUCCAAUGGGAUUGGUCAUGUUCUCCACCUCAGUUGGCAUGUCCAUGGUGGAGGAUGCCCAGGGGUUGGCUGAGCUUCCACACAACGAGAUGCCAGCACCGCAGCUGGUCAUGCUCGCCAACGUAGCCUGUGAAAACCCAGCAGAAGGGAAGGAGAUGAUGGAGCUUCAAACCGUUGGCAGCUACUCCGAUAGUGAAGACGAGAACAUCAUCAGAUACAGUUACGAUAGCCAUGAGAGAGAGAUGUGUAUUGUAGAAUACCCAGAGUCUCCACGGGCUGCCCUUUCCCAGGUCGAGGCGAUAGAUGAGGAGGAAGAAGGGAUUGACCUGUCCAAACCCUCUGACCAGCGCCCUUUUAGCCCUUCCACCCCUACCAUCCCUUCUACACCUCUGGGCAUGAUCGUGGAGUCAGCUAAGAAGAAGAAACCCUUCUUCUGUAAACCCUGCAACUACCAGGCCCAGUGCGAGGAGGAGUUUGUAACCCACAUCCAAAUCCACAGCGCCAAUAGGAUGAUCGCAGUGAAACGCAUGGUGGGGGACAAGGCACGGGAGAAAGAGACGUCGGCGGGACCAGAUCAAGAGGCGCAGAGCGGUGAUGGUGGGGCCAACAACAAAGGGCUGAUCCGCUGUGAGCGCUGCGGCUACAACACCAACCGCUACGACCAUUACAUGGCUCACCUCAAGCACCACGAGAAGGAGGGCGAUGACCAGAGGGUAUACAAAUGCACCAUCUGCACGUAUACCACCGUCAGCCAGUACCACUGGAAAAAGCACCUCAGGAACCAUUUCCCCAGUAAGCUCUUCACCUGCAACCAGUGCAGCUAUUUCUCGGACCGUAAGAACAACUACGUGCAGCAUAUCCGCACUCACACAGGGGAGCGUCCUUUUCGAUGUCCGUACUGUGAGUACUCAAGCUCCCAGAAGACCCAUCUUACCAGGCAUAUGAGAACACACUCGGGUGAAAGGCCUUUCAAAUGUGACCGCUGCAACUACCUGGCUGCCAAUCAGCAUGAGGUGACACGCCAUUCCAGACAGGUUCACAAUGGACCCAAGCCCCUGUGCUGCCCCCACUGCCCAUACAAGACGGCUGACCGCAGCAACUACAAAAAGCAUGUGGAGCUCCACCUCAACCCGCGUCAGUUCCUUUGCCCUGUCUGCAAGUAUGCUGCUUCCAAGAAGUGUAACCUACAAUAUCACAUCAAGUCUAGACACCCUGGCUGCCCACAGAUCGCAAUGGAUGUGUCAAAGGUCAAGCUGCGUGUCAAGAAACCUGAUUCUGAUGAAUUCACAGAUGAGUACACCAUGGUGAAUGGAAUAGCAAAGUUUGAGCUGUCAGCAAUUGAUGGUGAUGAGGGACCAGAGAUCUCUGGAGCUGAUAAACAAUCAAGCCCUAUUAAUCUGUCGACCAAGAGCAGCAAACCUAGCCCUGUUCAAGCAGUAGAAAGCAUGGCAACGGACAAGACCCCCAAUAAAUGUGACAACUCUCCUGUCAAAGAGACCAAGAAGAGCAGCAAACCUAGCCCUGUUCAAGCAGUAGAAGGCAUGGCAACAGACAAGACCCCCAAGAAAUGUGACAACGCUCCUGUCAAAGAGACCAAGAAGAGCAGCAAAACUAGCCCUGUUCAAGCAGUAGAAAGCAUGGCAAAGGACAAGACCCCCAAGAAAUCUGACAUCUCCUCUGUCAAAGAGAUACCUAAAAAGGCAAAGGACAAGGCAGAGAAAAAGGUAACACUGAAACGCAAGAGUACAGAGAUGAACAGUGAGAAUACAAAGCAGAAUGUUACCCUGAAGGAGAGUGGGAAGGAGACAGCAGUUGUGGUUGAAAUAGCAGGCAAUAAAGUUAAGAGAAGUCCCAAAAAACAGAUGACUGGGAAAACAAGUGUUCAGGAUAAGACCGAAAUAAAGGAAAAAGUUCAAAAGGCGGGUUUGGAAGAGGACAGUGUUGAGAAAGACAAAUCAGUCAAGGAGAGGUUAGAGAAAGACAUGCUAGAGAGGGAGAAUAUGGAGAAAGCGAAGGAGGAAAACAAGAGGCUGGAGAAGGAGGAAAACAAGACGCUGGAGGAGGAGAAAAAAGAGCAGCUGAAGACACUGAAGAAGGAGAAAGAAGGAAAAGAGAACAAAAAUGCAAUAAAAUCUCAGAAGAGUACUUCCAGAAAAAUUGAGAAAGUGGUUGAAAAGACUGUUGAAAAAGCUCCCCAAAGUCUGGAAGCACCAGUGAAAAAACAAGGAGAGAAGAGCAAGACAAAGCCAGUGAAGAGAAAAACUACAGAGGCCUUGGACUUAUCAAUGAAAGAAUCUCCUGAUGAGUCCUGCACCAACAUUAAGGCCAAACGGUUGAAAAUCAAGACUGCUGACAAGUUGCAAUCAAAAGCCAGUACCCCCCGAAGCAAAACUACUGAGCCUUGCCCAGCGUCCGAGCAGAAGGACCCAGGAAACCAGAUGAUAUACUCGUCUGUAGUGAAAAAGCUGAAAAAGAGCAACAAGAAAAAAGCCAGCCCUGGAGAGACCGAGGCUUCCAGUGAGAACAAGGUGUGUUCCAUCAUUGAGAACCCCUUCAGCCCCCCUGAAAGCAAAACAUGUCCUGCCACAGAGCUUCAGCCAACAGUUGUACAGGAAGAGCAGCAGGCAUCUGACCAGGAGACUGUCCCUGCUCUGGAUACAUAUACUGGGCAGAGCCCUGCAGAAGAACGGCCCAGUAAUGGGGAAAACAAUCUUGCACUGCAAAAUGUAUCCCCAACCGAGGACACAACCCCACGGGCUGAGCAGGCUGAGGUCGCCGACAAAGCAGAGGAAACUCCUACUCCAGAAGGCUUCAGCAGCGUCGACGAGUCCCCAUCUCCCAUAGAAAGUGACGUCUCUCACGAUUUCAGACGGGCACAGGGAGAACCAUCAACACCAACAACACCCUCCCUGGAGCUCCCUAGGCCAAGACGAAAGCCUACUGAAACCGAGGAGGACGAGGGCAUCCACAGCCAUGACGGAGGAAGUGAGAUCAGUGACAGCGCCUCGGAGGGCAGUGACGAUUCAGGGCUCAACGGGCUGGCGGCAGCCGCUGGUAAACUGGUGAAUGACCCUGAAACUCCCACAGAAGAGAUUCCGACUCCAACUGAACUCAAGAGUCACAUGUGCGUCUUCUGUGACCGUAGCUUCCCCUUGGAGGCGGAAUUCCGUCGACACCUGAAUCGGCACCUGGUGAAUGUGUAUUAUCUUUGACAAUGCUUCCAAACCGGACAAGUGAGUGCCUGCAGAGCAGGGAGCUUUGAUUCCAGCUGUGUAUUUUGCUUGACCCUCUCCCCCUGUUAUAAAACAUAUGUAUCUGUGUCAACAUAUUAACAGUAGAUAUUCAGUUACCUUGCAUUAGUGCUCAAGGUUACUGCUGUAUAAAAUAUGAAUAUUCUAUGGUAUGCCUAAAACUAUCUGACCGUCUUUGUAAUACCAGCUUUAGGCAGACUAGUUCAUUUGAUAAUUGGUGGCUUUCACAUAUUGGUUCCCAGACCAUUUGACUAUAAAUUCUACAGUUCUUGUUUUCAAACAUAAAUCAUAGAGGAUAUGUGAGUUGAUGCCAUGUGAGGUCCAAAAUCUAAUAUUCAUGGUUUGGCAUUUGGCUGAGAAAUUAUGAAAAUAUGGGAUACAAUUUUUUAAAAUUCUAAAUCUCGUAUGGUUAUGCAACUAACUAAAAGCUAACCAAUCUGUAAUAGCAUGGUAUAUACAAGUAACUGCCAAAAUAAAGGCGUUGGGCCACCAAGAGCUGCUGUAACAGCUUCAAUGCGUUUUGGCAUAGAUUCUACAACUGCCUGGAAGUCUAUUGGAGGGAUGGGAUGCCAUUCUUCCAUGAGAAAUUCCAUCAUUUGGUGUUUUUUUGAUGGUGGUGAAAAAUGUACUCUUAGAUAACAUUCCACAAUCUCCCAUAAGUAUUUAUUUGGGUUGAGAUCUGGUGACUGAGACAAAAACACUUUAAACCCCCUAUGCUGCUUUGAUACCCCUCUUUCAAAGUCACUGAGAUCUCUUCUUCUAGCCAUGGUAGCCAAAAUAAGGGGCAACUUGGCAUUUUUAUACAUGACCCUGACCCUAAACAUGAUGGCAUGUGGAUUGCUUAAUUAACUCAGGAAUCACACUUGUGUGGAAGCACCUGCUUUCAAUAUACUUUGUGUCUCUCAUUUACUCUAGUGCUUCCUUUAUUUUGGCAGUUACCUGGAUUUUGCAAAAGUGGUUGAUAUUCAAGAAUACACCUUUUUUUUAGUUCACAAUCCAGUUGCGUUUUCUACAGAAGAAUCCACCAAGAGAUGAGUUGUACCCCUUGUUUUAAUCCAUCAGCCCUGUUGAAGAACAACCGUAAAUCGAUUAUGAAAGGAAGUGUUACACUUUUUCAAUGAAGAACCAAAGAAACCCUAGGGAGACAAGAUUAGAAGGACCCAGGUGGUCCAUGCCAAAUAACCCAGAGAAUAAUGGGGCUCUCACUCCUAUUGUGCGAGUCCACUCCAGUGAAGCGACCUGUCUCUGAAAUGGGGACGAGGACUACAUGUUCAAAGUCCACCAUUUAGGGAGCACUUGACAACUACUUUGAUUUCUUUAUUUUAUUGAUAACAUCAAUAGAUAAAAAUAAAAACAACAACAUUGUAUAUAUCUUAUCAAUCUGUACAAUGGACUAACUAAUCUCUUCAUUACAAAAACUUUCUAGGUGUUAAUUGCCAUGACUCAUGACUCUUAGUCGAAUUGAUGAAAUAUGAAAUGGGGCGAGGUUUCUUUGGGUUCAUCUGGCACAAGUGGUAUAGAAUUGUUUCUUGCGUUAAUGUUUGAAUUAUGUUGUCACUUUUUGUAUAUCCAAUUUCAUUUAGUCAUGCAAAAAGAACAUUCGUACUACUCAUUAACAAAUGCACAACUAAUGUGGGAGGUAGGGUGUUACUGGCCCUUGAAAUUUGUAGGCCUGUAGAACUUAAGAUCAGGAUGAAAAGGAUACGAUGUUGCUAUCACUGAUAGAGAAUGGACCGCUAACAUUGAAAACAAGUUGUGAAAUGGAUGUUUGUGCACACAUCUGAAACUUUUCCAUUAUCAGUUUUGUGUUUGAUUUCAGAAAAUGUCCAAAGAUUUGUUUUAGUUGAGCCUGUGAAGAUACACCAGUAGUUCUACAUUAUUUUUUUUUGCCUUCGACAAUCAUUCUUUUCUGGUUUUGUUUUGAUGUUUUUGCAUAUUAACAGUGUAGCUUUGUUAAUUGAGUCACAUUUUCCUACAGUAAGAUGUCUGAUUUCAAUGAUGUUAUACUGUCUAACUUUAUAACCAUUCCUUGGAAGUUUAGGUGUAACUGCUUGAUUACUCUGCAGAUCGAACCUAUCAACUUGAUUUCUGCAGUUAUCACCCCACUCAUCUGUUUUACAGAAUAGGGCCUCCAAAGCGUAGCCUGUUUGUGCCAUCAGUGAUAUACUUCUUUCAUCUGCAUCUAGUUCUGUGUUCUAUUGAGGUGAUUGGUAGACUUAGCUAAUAAAAAUGCCAUGUAUACUCUUAGUAAAUUCAGUGCAAUAUUGUGUUUUGGGUAUGAUGCCAAAGUGAGAAGGUAUAGAAAUGUAAAGACUUAUGUUUUGAGUUUGACUAUUGGAAGGCAUAGAAUAGUACCAGGGUUCCCUGGAAAACUGGUCGAAUUUAGCCCGAUGCACUCUUAUCUAGACGGUUAGAUUCCGUGUCACUGUAAAUGAUCUAUUUUUUUUGUUCACUUCCUGUAUUGUGCUUUUUAGUUGAUGGGAAAAGUUGUUCCUUCUUUGUAACCAUUUUUCAUUCACAUAAUGUGUAAUCAUAUGUACCGUAAAACUUCAAUUAAAUGCAGUCUCAAAUAGCCA